AAGUGGAAUAUUCCAUCAUCGCCACUCUUCGCCGCCAUUUUCGGCAAAAGAAUAUUUUCUCACGAAAUGAGCAGCCAGGCGUCCACUAUAAAUGCAGUCAGGGACAAGUUAGAGGCCAUAGAGUAUCCUUACUGUGACGAUGUGUCUAAAUAUGAGAAACUGGCCAAGAUCGGGCAGGGCACUUUCGGAGAGGUGUUCAAGGCCCGGCACAGGAAAACCAAACAGUUUGUUGCCCUCAAGAAGGUGUUGAUGGAGAAUGAGAAAGAAGGGUUUCCCAUUACAGCACUGAGGGAGAUCAAGAUUCUUCAAAUGGUGAAGCAUGAAAAUGUCGUACAACUACUGGAGAUCUGCAGAACUAAAGAACAAGUUUUGGACCCAACUAUCUCCCCCCUGUCCACAGCGUCCCCUUUAAAUCGCUUCAAAGGCAGUAUUUACCUGGUCUUUGAUUUCUGCGAGCACGACCUGGCGGGGCUGCUGAGUAACGCUAAUGUCAAGUUCACCCUCAGUGAGAUCAAGAAGGUCAUGCAGCAGCUGCUGAACGGCCUGUACUACAUCCACAGGAACAAGAUCCUGCACAGGGACAUGAAGGCAGCAAACAUACUGAUCAACAAGCAUGGUGUGCUGAAGCUGGCAGACUUUGGACUGGCCAGAGCUUUCAGUGUGACCAAGAGUGGACAGGCCAACAGGUACACCAACAGGGUGGUAACACUGUGGUAUCGCCCUCCUGAGCUGCUGCUUGGUGAGAGGAACUACGGCCCUCCCAUAGACCUGUGGGGAGCCGGCUGUAUCAUGGCAGAAAUGUGGACCAGAAGCCCCAUCAUGCAGGGCAACACAGAACAGCAUCAACUGACCCUUAUCUCCCAGCUCUGUGGCUCUAUAAGUGCCGAAGUCUGGCCUAGCGUGGAGAAACUGGACCUCUUCUCCAAGCUGGAACUGCCCAAGGGACAGAAGAGGAAAGUCAAGGAGCGAUUGCGAGCGUACGUCAAGGACCCUUACGCUCUGGACCUGAUAGACAGACUCCUAACUCUUGAUCCAACCAAGAGAAUAGACAGUGACGACGCCCUGAAUCAUGACUUUUUCUGGGAGGACCCGCUGCCAGUAGACCUACAGAAGAUGUUGUCCAUGCACAACACGUCCAUGUUUGAGUACUGGGCGCCGCCGAGAAGAAGAGGGCACGCACACGGGCCACAGGCGCCUGGGAGAAACCAGCCUGCAAACAACGAUGCCACUUAUGAUAGAGUCUUCUAAAACUGCUAUCCCACAAGAGAAAGCCUCAUACAAAUACAAGAGAAAGCUUUAGCUUUGUUGUAUACAUUGCAAUAUAUUUACUUGGAUUAUCAAAGACUAUAGUUUCCAGCAGGAAAUGCAUUAUGUCAAAUGUACAUUCGAAUAGGAAUCAUAGUUUAACGGUUCCACUUCCAUGUGUACAGCCAGAUACAGCCAUAAGUUUGUAUAAAGUAGCUUGUGUGGUCCUGUAGUGUAAAGAGACAUACCAUUAUUAUUAAACUGCCAAGUUGGUUGGGAACAUUAUCUUUUCAUUUCAACUACAAAUGUACCAGUAACAGUGUGAUUAGACUCACUAGGUCAGAUUUGUCCUUUCUGUUCCAGUAAGCAAUACCUUAUGUAUACUUGUGGCAAAGAAGGGCUAUUGGGAAGUAAAAUAUAUGGUAUGUUACAUAGAAAAUAUUUCUUUGCUCAUGAGAAUAUGUCUUUCAGCUUCUGAUAGGUUUUGUUGUUGCUGGUGUAAAUAGUUUUUUCACCUUCAUACCUUCUCAUCUGUUGGAAUAAGUACCAAGUCAUACAUCAUCAUCAUUGUAAUCCACAAACUUUUAUUUACAUCAGUGAAGAUGAUUUUAUUUCUGUCCAUGAGAAGUUGACAUGCAUAUAAAAAAGACACAGUCAUGUAAGAACAUUCCCCCAAUACAACAUGUAACUUAUUAAGGUGUUGUGGUGGUAUUGUCUUCCUGUCUUUUCUGACU